AUGGCUGCUGCGGCGGGGGCAGCUGUGGCGGCGGCGACGGCGACGCCGGACGAAGACCCCCGCCCGCUGCCGGGGCCUUCCUUUGGGCGGAGGGCCGUGUGCUCCCGACCCUACUUCGUGGUGCUGAUGGUGUUCGCGCACCUCUACGUGCUCAACGUGCUGGGCUUGCUGCUCUUCGUGCACAUCAGCUCCGACGACGGGGAGACGGAGCCGGGCAAGGGGAGACCCCCGGGCCCCGCACAGGACCCGCCCGCGCCUCCCUUCUCCUCCCCGGGAGGCUCUCGCCCUCACAGCCUGCCUCGCCUCGAGGGCAUCAAGGUGGGCCAUAAACAGAAGGUGGAGCUGAUUCCUAACAAAAUCCAUGUCAUGAAAACUCUGAGCUUGAAACCACUCCUUUUUGAAAUUCCAGACUUCCUGAGUGAAGAUGAGUGCAAGUUAAUUAUCCACUUGGCUCAGCUGAAAGGGCUGCAGAAAAGUCAGAUUCUGCCCACAGAAGACUAUGAAGAAGCAAUCGAAAUGAUAGAUAUCAGCCAGAUGGAUAUAUUUAAUCUACUGGACCACAACCAGGAUGGACAGCUGCAGCUCAAGGAGGUACUGACACACACCCGUCUAGGAAAUGGCAGGUGGAUGACGCCUGAGAGUAUCCGGGAGAUGUACUCUGCCGUGAAAGCAGACCCAGAUGGCAAUGGUGUGCUGAGUUUGGAGGAGUUUAAGCAGCUGAACAUUCGGGAUUUCCACAAGUAUAUGGGCAGCCAAAAAGUGAAGAUGAGUGACCUGGUGCGGAACAGCCAGCACACAUGGCUGUAUCAAGGCGAGGGAGCUCACCACAUCAUGCGCUCCAUACAGCAAAGGGUGAUUCACUUAACCCGUCUGCCCUCUGAGAUUGUGGAGCACAGUGAACCCCUGCAGGUAGUGCGAUACGACCAAGGCGGGCACUACCAUGCCCACAUGGACAGUGGACCAGUGUUCCCUGAGACUGCCUGCAGUCACACCAAACUGAUUGCCAAUGAAACUGCUCCAUUUGAGACCUCGUGCCGCUACGUGACAGUUCUGUUCUACCUGAAUAACGUGACCGGAGGAGGAGAGACCACUUUUCCGAUAGCUGACAAUAGGACCUAUGAAGAGCUGUCUCUCAUCCAGAAUGAUAUUGACCUACGCGACACUCGUAAACACUGUGAUAAGGGAAACCUACGUGUAAAACCCCUGCAAGGCACUGCUGUUUUCUGGUACAAUUACCUGUCGGAUGGAGAAGGCUGGGUUGGCGACCUAGAUGAAUAUUCUUUGCACGGAGGCUGCUUGGUCACUGAAGGAACCAAGUGGAUUGCCAACAACUGGAUCAACGUUGAUCCCAACAAGAGGCGACAGCUCCAGUUCCAAGAGGAGAUGGCUCGAUAUACAAACAGUGCGGACGAGGACCAAAGCGAAUGGACUGUGGACAAAUCCUACAGCAAUGUACAUGUGGAGCUGUAGUGCUUGGAGAUGCCUUUUAGUGGACUUGGAAGAAACUUUUUUGCACUAGCCAUUUUCAGCCCUCUAAUCUCCCACUUCCCCCCCAUCCCCGCAUAUCUCAGCAGAGAUUGCUAGCUGCGCUCCAGCCUAGACUGGAGAAAACAAGAGACUGGAUAGGGAGGUAUGGUCUGGAAUGCACUGCGAAAGAGAAAUGGUGAGGGAUGAGAAAUGACCGUGGCUGGGUUGUUAGGAUACAUUUCUCACUUGCAUCUUUUUUGAAAAUGUCUGGCUUUGGUUCUAGGUCUCUGAGCGAGCCUUCCCCAUGGCAUGUGCAGUCAGUUAGCCUCCAGGUUUGUUACUCUUCUUCACCCUGAGCCAUUUUUCCUGCUUGAAUGCAGUUAUUGAGCUGGGUUUGCAGCUCUGUUCCUGGCACCUACCCACCUGCUGUCACAAGAUCUCCUCUCAAAACAGCAAAACUGAUCUCAGAAAUUGUCUCUUCUCAUUCUAGGUGGCUCUCUGUGGGGCAAAGCUGUCGCUCCAAGCACUCACAGGCACAGGUCAUCAUCUUAAGUACAUAAUAAUAGGUAAACUUUCUGUAAGUGGGUCUUGAGCAGCUGCAUGUUAAGGAAGAUGCAGGGGUUGAAGGUGCCGGAGUCAUUCUGGGUGAUUUCUAAUGCUCAUCAUGGAGAAUUUUUCUCAGGGUCGGACUUGGUUCUGAAUAAGGACAUGGUUCUGAAAUAUUUAUUGUGUUGAUUAUCGGGGGGGGGGGAGGGAAGUGUUCAAGUGUGCAAUAGCAGCUGGUGUGCUGUAUUUGUUGAGAUUUUCAUUUCAGUAACUUGAUUUGUGUGCUCGGUUGGGUUUUUUCCCUGUGUGAGUCAGUUUGGAAGGGGUUCUCUCCCACCCCCAGACAUGUUCCACUCCAUUUAGUGUCUGGUUUGGGCCAGCAGCAUACUCACAUCAUGUUCCUUCUUGCAGAUGGAUAUAUACAAUCAUGAACGUAAGAAAAUUCCUGUUGGAUCAAACUAAAGGGCCCAGCAGCCCUGUUUUCCACAGUGGCCAAUCAGAUUCCUCUGAAAAGCAGGACACGAAACUGAUCAGGACUUGAAACUGAUAGUCCUCUUCCAUUGUUGCUGCUCAAGAGACAGUAGGGACGCGGGUGGCGCUGUGGUCUAAACCACUUAGCCUCUUGGGCUUGCAAAUCAGGUCA